AUGGCACCCAAAAUUGGACAGAAGCAGAGGCUAGCCGCAACAAUCGCCAUAUCCUCUGCCUUUUUUUUUGUCGGCCAGUUGAACGACCUGAUUAGUUUUGCUGUCACCUUAACCGCCAUUAUUCAUCGACAUUCCUCUCUUCCUGAUAUCCAGCAGCCUCAACGACGCGAUCUGGGCAUGCUCGCCGCGCUCAUUCACGCCAUGGGCGAUGCGAUCAACAAUCUUGGGGUCAUCAUGGCCGCACUCCUGAUCUGGCUACUCAGGUCCGAUGCUCGCUUUUAUGCUGAUCCCGGUGUUGGUGUGGGUAUUGCUAUCAUGAUUGUACUGUCGUCUGUGCCCCUGAUCAAGAACAGCGGCGAGAUUCUUCUCGAAAGUGCUCCGAAGGGAGUAAGAACCGAUGAUAUCAAGCACGACAUUGAGAAGGUUCCAGGAGUCGAUUCGAUCCACGAGCUGCACGUCUGGAGACUCGAUCAGAACAAGGCCAUCGCCUCGGUCCACGUCGUUCUCACAGAAGAUGGCAUCGUGAAUUUUAUGGACAAAGCGAGGACCAUCGGUGAGUGUCUUCACGCCUAUGGGAUCCAUUCGGCCACUGUCCAACCCGAACUUCCCCCCGGAUACGAAGAAUACGAGCUUGUUCCAGCCAGUAAGGCAUCCGCAACGAUAGCUAUAGCCUUACCGGAUGGAGGAGACGGUCUUGUGGACGAGAGUGAAUCAAUUACGACAACGCCUUGUGGCACUACAAGCGCAUCUUCGUCAAUCACCACCACCAGUAUCUCACUGGCAAAGAGAAGACAGGCCAGCACGGCGACAAUUUGUCAUCUGGUGUGCGGAAGAGGAUCCUGUGCUGGGCUUGCGUGUUGUCAGCCUGUUGCCCCUGAUGCGCAGUGA